AUGGAAGAACUUAGUGCACAAUCUCAAAGGGAUGGCCAAGAAGCUUCCCCGCCGGUACCUUCGGUCUCUUAUUCACAGACGCCGAGAUUGUCGUCCAUCUUUGAUCCUUCUGAGGCCUAUCCUUUUCGAGACUGGAAAUUGGGCAAAUAUCUUGGAGCCGGAGCUUUUGGCAAGGUGUAUGAGUGUUCUUUUCCAUGGAGAAACUAUGGAGGCCCGUGUGCUGUGAAAAUAGUCAAGAUAGAGCCUCAGUAUACUCAAUCGCAAGAGGAGAUGAAGCAACUCACAACUGAAAUCAAUAUUUUGAAAAAAAUCAGACACGAACGAGUUGUGGCCUAUUAUGGAAGCGUAGAGAAAGACAAUCAUCUCCAUCUAUUUAUGGAAUUGAUGAGAGGGGGAUCAUUGUAUGAUCGCAUAAAGGAGAAAAAGGUUCUCUCAGAAGAAGAGUCGAGGAAGUACACCAUGCAAAUGUUGGAAGGAGUAUCUUUUCUACAUUCAAAAGAAAUUAUUCAUAGGGACAUCAAAGGAACAAACGUCCUUCUAGAUAAACAUGGAAAUGUUAAACUGGCAGACUUCGGACUAUCGAAAGUAAUUCAGAAAAUUGGGAGUAAAACCAAUCUUUUAACCGAAUGCGGCACUCCUUACUGGAUGGCACCUGAAAUAUUCUGGGAAGAAGGAUACGGCAGAAAGGUAGACAUUUGGAGUGUAGGAUGUACAGUUGUGGAAAUGUUGACGGGAAGACCUCCGCUGGGUGACCUCGAACCAGCAGCGGCCAUGUUCCAUAUUGGAUCCAAGCCAACGGUACCAAAGUUGCCGAAGGAAACAUCAAAAGCUACUAAGGAUCUUAUUACGGCUGCUUUGACAUGGAGCCCUAAGGAACGACCAUGGUCGAGAGAUUUGUUGUGUAAAUUUUUUCUGGAAUCUCCAAGAGGUAAGGACCGGAUGAAGCAUUUACUUUUUAACAAAAAUAUAAAAUUGGUAUUUGACUUCUUGUCAGUGGAUGACGUGAUGAAAUUAGCCAGCAGAGAAAGCGUGGCAGGGUGAGUGCAUGGUACUCGCAAUGCGGAAGUUCCAGGUUCGAGACACGCUUUAACAGUUGUCUGGAUUUGCCUUUCAACUGUUCUGAGCUCAACAGUUCCACCAUGCUUGUAAAUAGCCAAAUGGUUUGCCUUCUGCCAUUUGGGGUUUUAAAAAACACACAUUCAACCCCUAGUUACACAGGCUACAUGUUAAUUUUUGUAAAUAUAUAGUUGUUACUGUGUCAUCCACACCACGUUUUCAUUUGAUAUUUGGAAAUUCUAUCCUUCAUUUCUUCACUCGUUCGUUUUCAUUAAUUUAUUUUCAUUCUUCAAUUUUCGCUCAUAUC